UAAUACUAAGAAUAAGGUUCAGAAAGAUGCAGAUGGACAAGGGAAGAAAGAUGAGGGAAUGGGUGAGGCUCCUGAUAGAAAUGUAAGUGAAGUGGUAGAAGAAAACAAUGAAGAUGCUGAAAAAGAUGCUGAAGCUGGAUCAGAAAGUGACAGUGAGCAUGAGUGGAGUAACUUUGGUGAUAGUGAUGAGGAUAGUAUUAAUGAUAGUGAUUUCUGCAUUAAUGUGAACAAUGUAGAGGAGGAAGAAAUUAAUGAUCGGAUAGGUCAGGGAGGUCCCACUACUUCUAGACCAGCACAAGCUGAAGCUAAUGACAAGGGAACAAAAACUGCUGAAGACAAUGAUCAGAGUUCAGACUAUCAGCCUAGUGAUGAUCUUGAUAGUAUGUCCUCAUCAGAUGAAGAUGGUCCUUCAAGGCCAAAGUACCCUGUGUUCAACAAGUCAAGGGAUUUGGAAAGAGCAGAGCUAAAAUUAGGUAUGAAGUUUGCAUCAGCUGCAGAGUUUAGAACAUUGCUAAGGAAUAAUGCAAUAUCAAGUGGUUAUGACUUUUAUUUUGUCAAAAAUGAUGGUGACAGAGUUACUGUCAAGUGCAAAAAGAAUUCUAUUGGUCAAAAAAUAAGUUGUGGAUGGAGGAUUCAUGCAUCUUGGAAUGCAUAUGAAGAAUGUUUCCAAAUCAAGUCUUUACAAUCUGAGCAUAAGUGUGGUAGGCAAUUCAAAAACAACCAAGCUACAUCAUCAUGGAUUGCAAAUAAAUACUUGGACCAAUUGGGAGAUGAUCCUACAUAGGGGACAUCAGCAAUGAAGAAGACAAUGAGGAGGGAUUUGUGCAUUGAUGCCUCUAAGAGCCAAAUAUACAGAGCUAAGAGAAAGGCAAAGGAGGAUAUUUUGGGAUCAAAUAGAGAGCAGUUCAUGAAAUUGUGGGAUUAUUGCAGUAUAAUCAGGUUGAGGAAUCCAGGAAGCCUUGCUUUUUUACAUGUGGAAAGGCCUUACCAUGAGUUAGCCCCUGUGUUUCAGCGGAUCUUUGUUUCAUAUGAUGCUCAAAUCAAGGGAUUAAAGUAAGGAUGUAGACCUAUCAUUGGAAUAGAUGGUUGUUUUCUAAAGGGAUCAUUUGGUGGACAGCUUAUUAGUGCUAUUGGUAGAGAUGGAAAUAAUCAGAUGUUUCCAAUUGCAGUGGGUGUUGUAGAAGCAGAACUAAAGGAUUCAUGGAAUUGGUUUUUAACAAAUUUGCUACAAGCUAUUGGACCAGUAGAGGCACAUAGGUGGACUUUCAUAUCUGAUAGACAAAAGGGUCUGGUGGAGGUUUUUGAUGGCCUGCUGCCAGGAGUUGACCAUAGAUUUUGUGUGCAACAUAUGUACAAUAAUUUCAAAGAACAGUUCAAGGGAAAAGUAUUUAAAGAUUUGCUUUCGGAGGCAGCUACUUCUUAUACUGUGCAAGAUUGGAAAAAAAGCAUGCAGAAAAUUAAGGAUGCAAAUGUAGCUGCUUAUGAAUGGCUCAUGAAAGUGCCACCAAGAAUGUGGAUAAGAGCUUAUUUCAGACCUGAUAUUAAAUGUGAUUUGCUAUGCAACAAUAUGUGUGAGGCAUGGAACCGGACAAUACUAGAUGCAAGGGAGCUACCAAUCAUUGAUUUAAUGGAGAAGAUUAGAAGGCAGGUGAUGACAAGGUUUCAAGAAAAGAGACAAUAUAUGGAAAGACAACAUGGUAUUUUAUGCCCUAAGGUGCAAGGGAAGUUGGAGGAAAUAAAAGGAAAAGCUAGAUAUUGUGAGCCAUUAUGGGCUGGAGAAACUAUUUAUGAAGUUCAAUGCAAUGGAAGGCAAUACACUGUUAACCUUGCAGCAGCAACUUGUGAAUGCAGGCAGUGGGAUGUCACCGGGGUUCCAUGUAAACAUGCUGUCUCUGCUAUAUACAAGGCAAAGUUGGAUCCCAA